AUGAUGAAGGGAUUUCUCUUGAUUGUGAAUAUUCUGGCAUUAACCCUGCCCUUUUUGGCUGCAGAGGUCCAAAAACAGGAACAACCAACAUGCUGUGAGAAUGAUGAAAAACAAUUCUGUCAGAAAACAGUCAAAUAUGUCCCAAUUCAAUAUGCGUUGCAUAGCUAUUCUCAUUAUGGACAAAAUUACUACCAACACAGACCAGCUGUACCAAUCAAUAAUCCAUACCUGCCUCCCCAGAAACCAGCUGCAGUUAGGCCACAUGCACCAGUUCCUCAGUGGUCAAUUCUGUCAAGUGUCUAUCCAUCCCCAGUGGUACAUCACACAUUCUUACAUCCAUCAUUUAUCGUCGUUUCCUCAAAGAAAAUUCAGGGUAAGGCACCAAUCCCCACCAUGAACACCGUGGCUGCUGUUGAGCCUACACCUGUCCCUACUGCUGAACCAAUACUGAACACCGAGGUUGCUUCAGAAUCUUUCUCAGAGUUCAUCAUCACAAGCACACCUGAGGCCACCAUAGCCCCAGCUACUUCACCCAUUGUGUAA